GUCCACCCCCUGGCGCCAUGUCCCGGCUGUCCGGCAGGCUACAGUGAGGUCCAGGCGCAGGCCGCCCCGCCAGGGCAGCAUGACCCAGGCCCGGCUGUUCCGGCUGUGGCUGGCGCUGGGGUCCGCUCUCAUGGUCCUGCUUAUCAUCGUGUACUGGGACAGCGUGGGGACGGCACACUUCUACCUGCACACGGCCCUGUCCCGGCCGCACGCCCCGGAGCCCCCCAGCUCGGGGCCGGGGGACAAGUUCGCGGGCGACGUGGAUGAGCUUCUGGACAAGCUCCUGGGUUCUGGCGCCAAGCGGGGCCCUUCCAGGAAGACGGGGGCACAGCCCCCGGCGCCGAGCCUCAUGGAGGAGAGCGUGCGGGGCUACGACUGGUCUCCCCGCGACGCCCCGCACAGCCCCGACCAGGGCCGCCAGCAGGCCGAGAGGCGCAGCGUGCUGCGGGGCUUCUGCGCCAACGCCAGCCUGGCCUUCCCCACCAAGGAGCGCUCGUUCGACGACAUCCCCAACUACGAGCUCAACCACCUGAUCGUGGACGACCGGCACGGCGUCAUCUACUGCUACGUGCCCAAGGUGGCCUGCACCAACUGGAAGCGCGUGAUGAUCGUGCUGAGCGAGAGCCUGCUGGACGGCGGGGCGCCCUACCGCGACCCCCUGGACAUCCCGCGCGAGCACGUGCACAACUCCAGCACGCACCUGACCUUCAACAAGUUCUGGCGGCGCUACGGCAAGCUGUCGCGCCACCUCAUGAAGGUCAAGCUGCAGAAGUACACCAAGUUCCUGUUCGUGCGCGACCCCUUCGUGCGCCUCAUCUCGGCCUUCCGCAGCAAGUUCGAGCUGCAGAACGAGGAGUUCUACCGCCGCUUCGCCAGGCCCAUGCUGCAGCUCUACGCCAACCUCAGCAGCCCGCCCGCCUCGGCCAGCGAGGCCUUCGGGGCCGGGCUGCGCGUGUCCUUCGCCAACUUCAUCCAGUACCUGCUGGACCCGCACACCGAGACGCUGGCGCCCUUCAACGAGCACUGGCGCCAGGUGUACCGCCUGUGCCACCCGUGCCAGAUCGACUACGACUUCGUGGGCAAGCUGGAGACCCUGGACGAGGACGCCGCCCAGCUGCUGCGGCUGCUGCGGGUGGACGCGCGCCUGCACUUCCCGCCCAGCUACCGCAACCGGACGGCCAGCAGCUGGGAGGAGGGCUGGUUCGCGGGCAUCCCCCUGGCCUGGCGGCGGCAGCUCUACAAGCUCUACGAGGCCGACUUCGUGCUCUUCGGCUACCCCAAGCCCGAAAACCUGCUGAGGGACUGAGCUCGGCCGGCCGAGGACGACGGGGCCCGGGGUCCCCUCCUGGCUCCCUUUCCCGCCCCGAGCGACGCCACCCCAGGCACCUCCAGCCGGAGGAGGCCAGCGAGCACCGCACACUCCGGAUUUUUAAACCCUGGUUUUGCAGUCUGGACCUGUUUACCUGCAGCCUGCAUCCCCCAGCACUGUGUUAAUACGUUUUGUAAGAUUAAUAUAUUUCAGAUAUUUAAUACGAAAAGAAGGGAGCUGGGGAGCACUUGGCACGCACGGCCCCUUGCUCUGUUGUGGUUCUUUGACACACGCCCAUGGGGAGGGGCCCAGCGGUUAUGGGGACACCAGACCUCACACACCCUGUAGGAGG